AAGUUUAAACUGUUACCUAAUAUUUUACCAGGCUAGGAUUGUACUUUCACAUUGUCAACUGUCGAUCAGCUGUUCGAGGAGAUUCACCUGACUGAGCAGGAAUAUAAAAAGAGACUUUAACUUUCCCAUGUUACCAGACAGAUUGUUGGUCUCUUUGGUCCAGUUCUAGGGGAAUAUCGUGUUAAAAAGUCUAAUAGAUUACUUUUAUUUAAUGAAGUUUUGAUUAGUUUUAGGGAAACAAAAAUUCAAAAAAGGACUUGCAGACAUUUACCAGAUAUAAAUGAGGCCCAAACUUUCCAGCACGAUGAAGGAGCGUAGGCAUUCUGCUUCACUCUCCCUCGAGAAUCUUAUUAUGGAUUUUGAAAACCCGUUCACCCCUAUUCAGAAGAACUACAAUAAUGCUAUUCUACGACAAUCUCAUGCCAAACAAUUGUUAGUUGGUGUUACAUCCUUUGAGAUUUAUCGUAACAGAGUACCAAAGAAAGUGAAAUUAUUGGACGUCAAGUUAUCAUUUUCAUACCAAGAUAACUACCAAACUGAAACAGAUCUGUUGGAAAAGGAACUUGUCCGUAACGGCAAGAAAUGGACUUGGCCAUUAAAAAAAGGGCAGGAUCACUUGAUUACAUUCCCAUACGCCCCUGGGGAUCGUGUCAAUCUAAAUUUUGGCAUGACUGUUUUCAAGACAAAGAAAAUGAGUGUGUUUAGCUCUGAGACUUUGACAUCACCUGUGGGAAAUGUUACAGAUUGUUUCGUCCUCGCCAAAAACAAUGGAGUAGGAAUUGGACUUCCAAUCGACACUGUGAUCACAAAUCAUGUUAGACUGAACUUCAGUUUAGAUGGCUAUGCUCAUCACAUGACCAUCAAACUUAAACUUGGUUUGAUUGAAGAAAGUAGCGGAAAUCCAUCACUGUGGCUGCGGCCAAUCUCUAUAGACAAACCAUUUAGAAGUUCACAGACUCUAUUGGAAAUGUUAGGCGAUCCAACUACUUUUCCUCCAAUGUCAAAAUUCAAUAAUGAAGAAUUGGUGAAACACAGAAGCUAUAUAGCCAGCUCACAGAAAAUGGUGAAUUAUUUAAGAUCAGGAGUUUUGGAUUGUUGGUCUGUACGACCAUGCUCAGGCGCUUCAGAACUGCCGUCCGGUAUCCAAAUCAGAAUGGCCAGCUCUAAUAAGCCAAUAGCAUGUAUACUUCCUGUUGUUGAGAGAUUGGAAACACUACCAGAUACAACCCCACAUCUUAGACUUGGCUUACUUGUAAUUUGUGGAUCUAAACCAUACUGUUUGUGUUCAGCUAAAUGGAGAAGCUCAGAUAAGUUUGACUUCAAGAUCCACUACUAUGAGAGUGGAGAGACAUGGGGACAAAGAAUCAAGUGGAAUUCACGAGACUUUCUGGACAUCAAUCAUAUCAUAUUAAACAGUACAGGACAUCAGUAUUUCUUCAAACCAGGUCACGACACGGCUUUACAAGACAUAUGUAUUGGAUUGUGUGGAAAAUUCUUGGUCCGCUUCAGUAAUGAAAUUCUUCCAUGGAAAAAAGAAAUGUCAUCCCCAUUAUCUGAGGUUGAUUUGGAUUUGGACCAUACAGAUGAAGGCUAUUCUGAUGAAUCAUUAAAACAGAAGCCAUGUAAUCCAAUAGACAGUUGUUUGAGAACUAUCCCAGAAUUCCUCAGAUCACAUGGUUUGACAUUAUAUUGUGAUAUCGCAGCAAGACUUGAUGAGAUUCAGAAACUAGACCAUGAGAGAUUGGUAGAAAAACCAACAUUACGCAGAAUUAAUAGUGCUAGUAGCUAUGGUGACACAUUCCAAGGUUAUAUCAAGAACGAUAACAGAGGUUCAAGAAAAAGUCUCAAGAAAUGUAGCAAUAAGGACCAUCGUGGUAGCGAAGGUGAUAUUACAACGUCAGGUUUUGUGGAAGAUUUCACAGGUUACUCAUUUUCACGAACAGCAUCAUACAGUAAUAUUGAAUCAAUGAUUGAUUAAUGACGGCUCAAUGUUCCAGCUCAUUUCAUGGAGUUCUUCUCAUUAUGUGCAUUUAAUACACAACCUUUGUUUAGUGUAUUGCACAUUAACAACAGUCCCGUGUAACAAUUCCAGUUAAUAAACUGACAAAGGUUGACCAAUGAUGCUUAGUUUUACAAUGAAGCAAUGGUAAUAGAUGGUCCUAUUAAAGGGAUUUUUCGCACACAAAAAUAUAUUUUAUAUAUACAUAGACUUCAAUUGGGAUAUAUGACAUGUAUAAAUGUAAUAUAAGUUAAUGAAACCAGUAUUAUAUGUUAAGAUGUGUUUAAGCACAUAAGGAUUGAUGUGAUUGCCUUUAAGACAAAGAUGAAUUAAAUUGACAAGAACUGGCAUUGUUUAAACAACUUUUUAUACGUCUGCCUCUAUGAAAUAUGUUAUGACAACAUCAACAUUCAGAUACUUGGUACCACAUUGUACAAAAAAGCUUCACACAUUUGUAUGAUAUUGUCAUGAUUUAGUUUUAAUAACAUCUAUUUUAGAAUAAUUUUGUUUUGACAAUUUCAUAUUCUAAAAAUGCUAUUUUUUAAGUUGUUUGAAAUACUGUACACCUAGUUUAAUAUAACUUUGUAACUAAUCAGUCACAUGCUGAAAGAUCACCAUUUACUAAUGACAUCUAUAUCAGUAUUUUAUCAAUACAUUGUAUCACUAAAUGAGGAUGUAUUCUAACUAAGUGUGUUGUGAUUGUUUAGACUACUGUUAUAUGAUGCAAUAGAAAUACCUCACUUUAUUAUGUUAAAAGUUUCUAUAUUUUAUGUCAAAGUAAUGUUAUAUGAAUAGCCAUUUCGUUGACAUGCAAUUGCAUUUUGUGAUUUUGUUUUAAAUCCUCUGUAACAUCCGACAUGAUUGUCUUUUAUUUGUUGUUUUUCUUUGUAUUUCGGGUUGCUGUCUCAUUGAUGUUAACCCUAUGUCUACUUACAUUCAUAUUGGCAAUACUUUUUGACGCUUGAAAAAUAUUAAGAAAUUGUUCUUUUAACAUGUUAAAUGGGGUUUUUAGACGGUCAUUUCUCAUUUUCGAAAAUAAUAUUCACAAUAUGGAUAUUCAGGGGUCCAUUUCAGUUGGAGGGUAAUAUUCAUAGAAAAUUCAUAAAAAUGUACAUGAUUGUAUUAUUCUACAAAGUAUUUGGUUUGAAAUUGUGAAAAAAUGAUAAUCCAAAUUACAUGUAUAGAUAGAGUAAUGUUUUAAUAUUGAAUCUCAACUUACACAGUAUUUGUAUAAGUUUGUAAAUGUAUAUUGUAUUCUUAGUUUUAAAGAAUAUAUAUGUAAAUGAGAGAAUAGAUUUAUCAUGUUUCGCCAAGUGUUUCGCAUUUCGCUCAGAUAGGUUUAUUCUUUCAAAAUCUCUUUUAUGAAUAAGUUUGUCAUUGAAGUCCAUGUGAUUUCUCACGCUGCAGUUUUUGUAAGUCAGUGAUAACUUGUUGUACAACAUGAAUAUUAUUUCAAUUGAGGUUGUUUCUCUAGAUAAUUUUAAUUCUAGAUUUUCAACCCGCCAAAAUUGACAAGCUCAAAUAAAUGUUUUUGUUAUUUGAAAUAGGAGUAUAUGUAAAUUAGAAACUCAGCAAAUUUUUAAUCUAAGGGAACAUUGCCAGUGAAGGAUUUUGAACUAAAAAAAUUGAAUUCACCUACUAAAUAGUCACAUGAUAGUUAUGUGAUGGUUUUUACAGUAAAAUGAAAAUAUCAAUAGUUAUGACUUAUGUACUAGGUUAUAUAUAAGGUAGAACUAAGAUACUUUAUCACUAUCUGUUCGUAUUUUUAUUGGCACAAGUUCUAUCCAUUUUAUCUAUUCAUUUUGACAAAAUAAACAAAAUUCAAACAAAUUAUUGAUAACACAGUUUAUAUUUCGAUUUGGAAAAAGUUAUUGUUAAUAAGGUGAACUUGAUAUCUUUGAUUAAGUGUAUUGAACUUUCAACUUGUACGUUACAACAUCUGGACCCGAUUUAAUUCAUGUAAACAACUUCUAAAUAUGGGUGACCACAACAAAUGGACAAUAGGCAAUACAAUACAAUCAGUUUCACUAAAUUAACUUCUAAAUAUGGCUGACCACAACAAAUAGACGAUUAUACAAUACAAUCAGUUUCAUUAUAAUUAUGAUAGUUGGUAUGUAGAGGGCAUAAUCUGAAAUGACAAGGUUGUCAAGUUCAUAUCUUUAUAUCAUAUAUGUAAAUUCUAAAGUUUUGACAUUUAUUAGACAAAUUUGUAGCAUUUGGCAAAAGAAGUUUUGAUAGGAAGAACUUUCAAUUGCUGUGGGAUAAGAAAUUUGAAAGGAAUAUGGAAUCUAUUUAUACUUUUGGUUGGUUAUUUUCCAAAGCUUUGUGGAUUUUUUUUUUCUGUUAAAUUUCAGAAGUUUGAAAGUUUUGGUUCUGAACUAUUGAUAAUGAUAAUUGCAUAUUCAGAUUAUUUUUGACAUUGAAAUUGGGAGAAAAUAGUACAUCUCUAUCAAUAAAUAAUUCAACCAAAACUUUUCAAACAUUUUUCCAUUAAAAGAAAACAUAAAGUAGUAUUUUGAAAUGAACUGCUAAGAUGUUGGUUGUUUAAUACAUUCAUUACAAUUAACUCAAUUUUUCAUUUUCAAGAUCAUACUGUAAUUAAUUCUUGACUUCGUUUAUAUGAUUAAGGUUGUAUAUGAGUUUUAGAAGUGUGCAAUAGUGUUUUACAAAUGUAAAUAAAAAAAUGUUGGGAUAAUUUUAUUUCUUUUAAGAAAUGAAUUUUCAUUGUCUUUAUAAAUAUAUUGUAUGUAAUGUUUGAACUUUUCUUAUAUGUACCUUCAUUUUUCAAUAUUGACAUUUCAAGCAUGUGAAUUUUUUUGGAAAUAAAAUGUGUUUCAAUGUUAGCUAGUCUAACAAAAGCAAAGUAUAUUUUAAUCAAGAUUUUGUUCAAUAAAUAAUUAUAUAAACAUAUAGUUUGCCUUAUCAGUAUUAGAAAUUGCUUAAAUUGAAAGAGAAAAACUCUCACUCACACCAACAUUAAAAUUUACUGGCAUAAUUACCAAGAGGAGACACGUUUAUGGUAUUUAACACAAAUUUCAAUGCAAAAUUAGAUAAUUACAACCAAAAAGUUAGUUUCAUAGUUAAUUGUAUUUAAAGUUGUAUGUGUUUUGUGGUACUCCAGUGUAAUCAUUGGUGGAUAAAUAUUUGUUAUUUAUUUUCUUAAACAUUUUCAUGAUUUAUAUUUAGUCCCAUUUUUGUAUGACCCCAUAUUUUUUCUGCAUAUUAUGAUAUGACAUUGGUAACAUUAUUAUAAUCUUAUCCUUAUAUAGGCAUGAUGAUUUCCAUGUUAAAUCUUUUGUUUUAGUUGAAAAAUCUGAACGAAAUUUUUUUUUGCAUAAAACAUAACCAACUAAUAAACUCAAAUUGGAAAAAAUCCUAAAACACCUUAAGAUUUAACUCUUGAUUUACAUGGGCACUUUUGAAAACUCUGCUUGCAUUACCAAUGAGAAUUGUGUUAGCUGUUACAGUUACAGAGUACUACUGGCUAAUGCCCUUAAAAAAUGGUCCAAUUAUUAAUUUGGCAAGCACCUUCACUUGCUGUUAUAAUUACACUGGUUGAACUUCUCCUUAUUGACAUGCUUUCGUCAUGCCAUGCUAUGUCAGAUGUAGCCCUUAAUUAAAAUUAUGUAAAUAUUUAAUAGUCCCAUAUUUACCAUAGAUUUGUACAACACUUAGGCCAAAUAAAAAAUAUGUGUGUUUCCCAUUUCCUUAUCUACCCUAUAUUUUAAGCAUAGAAAUAGCCUAUAUUAUAAUUUUUAAUGCAUUUUUCAAUAAGCAUGAUUAAAGUCAGAAUUCCUCUCCCAAAGACUCAAUGUAAAAAAAAAGUAAAAUUAAUCCUAACCUACAUACUGUAUUCAAAGAUGUAAUAGGAAACACACAUAUUAUUUUAUUUUGCCUUCGCAAUAAAAUUCUUACACACACCACAUUUUCUGUUAAUAUGUAUUAUAGCACCGAACUUAUAACAUUUUAUGCAGACACAUGUUUCAUUCUACAUAAGUAUUGCAUUCAUUAACGAGUAUUUAUGUAUGUUUUACUUCCUGUGGUUUUUGGGGAUUUAAUUCAUUUAUAGUGCCUUGACAACAGUGUCACAUUGUUUCUGUCACCCUACAUGUAUGUCAUGUUCAAAAUGAGUAAUUAGUUAUUUCAAUUCAGCAUGAAAUUUAUGAUGUAUUUUGUUAAUAAGACAUAGGUCAAAAGGUUUAUAGGAUGCAUCUUGUGCACAUUUAUGCACAAUAUAUGUUAACAAUGUAAUUACUAUAUUUAAAACCAUUAAAACAAUUUUAAUUAUUAUGUCAUUUGUUCUAGAUCUAAAAUAAGCCAGCUGAAUGAUUCAAAAAGUCAACUUUAAUUAGAUAUUGAAAAUCAAAGCAUAAAUUUUCUUUCUAAAUAGAUAAGUACUAAUGAAACAAAUUUCUGCAAAUGCACACAUUAAAGGAAUCGGUAUCCUUAAAUAGAUAAAUUGUGUCAUUCAAAGAUAAUGAAAGGGACAGGGACAGGGUUUUCAUAAAAACAUGUUUGGUUAUACUUUUCUAUUUCCUUGAAUCAAAUCUAAGCUCACAUGUAAAAUUUUCAUUGAUGCAUUAAUCAGAUCAAUUCAAAGGUGAAAGGAUGAUUAUUAUAUUAAAAAAAUAUUAUUUAUGUAACAAGUUUAUUCGGUAAGAUCUAUAAACUAUUAGAUUUAUAUAUCAUAUGUAUGCAAAGCAAUUGUGUCAAAUCGGUGCUCUUGUUAAGGUCAUACACUAUAGCAAAAGGUUACAGAAACAUAUCAGUCAUUUAUAUUACCUGUUUUGUCCUUCAUAAAUAUCUAUUUUUUAAACCUGACGUAGUAGAUAUAGAAAGUGUCAUAAUUGAGACUUCGUAAUUAGGUGGUUAAUAUACUGCUGUCAAAAAUAUUAAUAAUUCAGGGAUUUCCCUUAAGUGUCCUCAAGCUAAUUUGACAACUGUAUAAUUACAUACUCUCUAACAAACAGUAAUAAUUUAUACAGAAAUAUUAUAUUUAUUAUAAAUGUUGUUUUCUGUAAAAGAAAAUUUAAAGUCAUUCAUUAUAUUGACUCCUAACUUCAUAAAAUGUAGCAUUGUUCGCAUUUAUGAAAAAAAAACAUUUCAUAUUAUUUUUCCUCAGCUUUUUAUUUUUCUAAUCAUUUAGUAAGGACAUGUUCUCAUUUAUGCAAUAACCUUUGUCUUUUUUUCAUUAUACCAUAUCAUAUAUUGGUGUAUAGGACUCAGAUGAUGUCCACACACAUGUGAAUUUCAGUAUAUUUUUGUUUACUCCAUUGUUCAUUUUAUACAGAAGUUUUAUCAUGUAGCUUUAACAUGUUUAAUGAUAUUAAAGUUCAUCAAAGUA